AUGAUUACUGAAAUUAUCAUCUUUCUUAUAAUUAUAUAUUUUGCUAAAACAAUUUAUACAGAAUUUUUAGCAAGUGGUAAUCCUUUUUCAUCAUCAAAUCAACAAGAAGAAUCAAUAAUAGAAGGUAAAUUUACUCCUAAAACAUUAUAUAAAUAUAAUGGAAAAGAUCAUCCAAAGAUUUUUAUGGCUGUAAAAAGUAGAGUAUACGAUGUAAGUCAAGGUUCACAAUUUUAUGGACCAGGUGGUCCUUAUGAAAAUUUUGCUGGUAGAGAUGCAAGUAGAGGAUUGGCUUUAAAUUCAUUUGAUCCUGCAGUAUUAACUCCCUUGGAUGAACCAAUUGAUGAUUUAAAAGAUUUAAAGGAAUUGGAAAAGGAAUCUUUGGAACUGUGGGAUGAACAUUUUGAAAAUAGAUAUAAAAUUGUUGGUACUUUACAUGAAAAUGGAACAGUAAAUGAAGAAAUUAAAGGUCUCUAA